GGGGAAAUGGCUGCUGUCGCUCCUGGUGGGCCCGAGGAGGAGAAUGAGACUAAUAGGGAUGCCAAAGGAAAAAUAUGAUCCUCCAGAUCCUCGCAGAAUUUAUACCAUCAUGUCAGCAGAGGAGGUAGCCAAUGGGAAAAAAUCUCACUGGGCAGAAUUGGAAAUCUCGGGUAGAGUGCGGAGCCUAAGUACAUCACUUUGGUCAUUGACACACUUGACAGCACUGCACCUAAAUGACAAUUACCUUAGUCGCAUUCCACCUGAUAUUGCCAAGCUUCAUAAUCUGGUUUAUCUGGAUCUGUCAUCCAAUAAACUCAGAAGUUUACCAGCAGAACUAGGAAACAUGGUGUCUCUCAGGGAAUUGCUUUUAAAUAACAAUCUGUUACGGGUUUUGCCUUAUGAACUUGGUCGGCUCUUCCAGCUACAAACUCUAGGUUUGAAAGGCAAUCCUUUAUCACAAGAUAUUCUCAACUUAUACCAGGACCCAGAUGGAACCCGAAAGCUACUGAACUUCAUGCUUGACAAUCUUGCAGUUCAUCCAGAGCAGCUUCCUCCGAGGCCAUGGAUUACAUUAAAAGAACGAGACCAAAUUCUGCCAUCAGCAUCAUUCACGGUUAUGUGUUACAAUGUGUUAUGUGAUAAAUACGCCACCCGGCAGCUAUAUGGCUAUUGCCCAUCCUGGGCAUUAAACUGGGAAUACAGGAAAAAGGGAAUUAUGGAAGAAAUUGUUAACUGUGACGCAGAUAUCAUUAGUCUUCAGGAAGUGGAAACAGAGCAAUACUUCACUCUUUUUCUGCCAGCAUUGAAGGAGCGUGGAUAUGAUGGAUUUUUUUCUCCAAAGUCACGUGCCAAAAUCAUGUCUGAGCAGGAGAGAAAGCAUGUGGAUGGUUGUGCAAUAUUCUUCAAAACAGAAAAAUUUACAUUAGUGCAGAAGCAUACAGUGGAAUUUAACCAAGUGGCAAUGGCUAAUUCAGAUGGAUCCGAAGCUAUGCUGAACAGAGUAAUGACAAAAGAUAAUAUUGGUGUCGCUGUGGUGUUAGAGGUCCACAAAGAACUAUUCGGAGCAGGUAUGAAGCCUAUUCAUGCUGCAGACAAACAACUCCUUAUAGUGGCUAAUGCCCACAUGCAUUGGGACCCAGAGUAUUCUGAUGUGAAACUUAUUCAGACCAUGAUGUUUGUCUCAGAGGUUAAAAACAUUCUGGAGAAAGCCUCUAGUAGGCCAGGCAGCCCAACUGCAGAUCCUAAUUCCAUCCCGCUGGUGCUAUGUGCAGAUCUUAACUCAUUGCCAGAUUCAGGUGUUGUGGAAUAUUUAAGCAAUGGAGGAGUAGCUGACAACCAUAAAGACUUCAAGGAGCUAAGGUACAAUGAGUGUCUUAUGAAUUUCAGCUGCAAUGGAAAGAAUGGAAGCUCAGAAGGAAGAAUUACUCAUGGCUUCCAACUGAAGAGCGCCUAUGAAAAUAACUUGAUGCCUUACACCAAUUACACCUUUGAUUUCAAAGGUGUGAUUGACUACAUUUUCUAUUCCAAGACUCAUAUGAACGUGCUUGGUGUUCUGGGGCCUUUAGAUCCUCAAUGGCUGGUUGAGAACAACAUCACUGGGUGUCCACACCCUCACAUCCCUUCAGACCACUUCUCACUGUUAACACAACUUGAACUCCACCCUCCACUCCUGCCUCUUGUCAAUGGUGUUCACUUGCCUAAUCGGAGGUAGUGGAGUACUACCCCGCAAAGACGGGGAUCUGUUGCUAUGGACCUGUACAGUUGUAAAUCAAAGUAUGUAGGAGUGAAGUAUGGCCAUCCUUAAGCUGCUUCUUCAGGUUCCUUUCAUUAUGUGUUUGCUGUAAUAUCUUGUACAUUUUUGUGCAUUUUGGUAUCAUUUGGCACUAGGGCUGGAACCAAAGUAUUACCCUUCCCAAAUUUUUAAUUUAACAUGUUUUUAAUUGGACCUUUUUCCUAUUUUAUCUAAAGUUAUUAGUAUUCAUAAUUGAAAAGUCACCAAUGUGAGACUCAAUAGCAGUAUAUUUUGUUUUUUAAAAGAACAAAUACUGUAUUUUGAAUUAUUUCAAAUGUCCAGCCAAUUUUGUGAAAGGCAAUUUAAAACAGCUGUAAGUACAAGAUUUUAAACU